CAAAAUUGAUUUGCGCCACGUAAUAUCGUGCUAUUUUGGCAUGCAUAAUAAAACCAUUCCAUUAUACUUCCUUGAUACUCAAAAGCUUUAUUUGAACGAAUGGCGUCGGUCGUUUUUCGGAUAUCAGGAGUAGUGUUAUUUGCAUAUUUGGUACCUUGUAUACUUGGAAACUCGCGAUUUUGUCAAGUAGAACAUGAGUGUACCGGAAACUGCUACCGUAGACAGAAAUCCUCAACUAAUUGUGGCUUUUUAUCGUGGAGUGAGUGCUCAAAAUAUUCAUCACAGAUUUACACGUGCAAGUUUCCAUGUCUGAAAGAUGUCUGCUGUAACGGAUACACUGGUACUAACUGUGACAUACCGAUUUCAUGCAAUGAAGCGGAUGUUUUACCAGAUUUAAUAAGACGAACAAGAAACUAUAAAGCAAACGGAGAUAUUGCAAUUGAUUCCUGGAUAAACGAUAAAAAUCUUGGUCCUGGAUGGUUCAAAGUUGGCAAUCAUACAAUGCCUGAUAGUAACACUAUACCGACAUAUGGACACUGUGGAACAAAACAACCUAUAUACGUACAAGGUAACCACACCAAGACGGACUUGUUGAACGAAACACCAAUUUCAAUGGAUGUCUGUGAGGUGUCUCUAUCCAAUGACUGUCUGAAUCCCACAACAGUUGAUGUCCGACUAUGUGAUGACGGUUUACAAUAUUAUCUUCCAGAAACAAGUGACCAGUCAGGAUACUGUUUUGGUUAAGACAAUAUUGAUUUUACCAAACAUGCAUUUUAGUUUUUUAUUUCUAUUUUUAACUUAAAUCUUUAUGAUAAAGUUUAUGCACUCUUCUUAAAAUAGUAACAUUAAAAUAAUGAACGUUUAUACUAGAUAUACUUGGC